AUGAAGAUACUUUGUAUUUUUCUGACUUUUGUCUUCACUGUGUCUUGUGGUCCAUCAGUUCCACAGAAAAAAACAAGAGAAGUUGCAGAGAGAAAAAGAGAAUGUCAACUUGUUCGUGGUGCCUGCAAGCCAGAAUGCAACACCUGGGAAUAUGUACAUUAUUACUGUGAUGUUAACCCCUGCUGUGUGGUACGGGACUACCAAAAGCCAAUCAUAACAAAAUCACUACUAAAUUCUACCGAAAAUAAAUUACAAUUAUAA